AUGGACAAAAUUAACGAAACCAGUAGGACCGUUGCGGCGACAGACGAAGAUGGUGGCGAACAACUGGGUGACGAGACCCCGCGUUCAGGCAUCGCAACCCCACGACCGGACUUACACGACAAGAGAUUACCAGGCAUAGCCACAAAUUAUGGCCAGGUUGGUCCAGCCUCUUCUAUCCAAGUCGUUCCGCAAUCUACCAUCUGUGGCAACGCCGAGUCCGUACUGCAAGCGGACGCAUCGGCUGCGAGUGAUUCGUGUCAAUCUCAAUUUGAGAGUUCUGGGCCGCAAGCCCGUUUGGCAACCGAGGCCCCUGCUCUAUUGAAUGACGAGAGCGGGAUUUCUUCUUCCCAGUCUCAAGGAGCACCCUCUCAACCACAUCCACCACCAUCACCACCAACUUCACAACGGUCAUCUUGCGGCCCGUUUGACUCAGGUGCCGCAGCAGAUGUGGGAAGCCUUAAACCAGCUCCCUCUGCGGCGCGCCGAUUCCUCGUGAGCCAUACUGGCCCAGAUGGUCCUACUUCACCCUCAGCACAGACAUACCCUUCAAACAACGCAGCACCAUUGACCAGCGUCGUGACAGCCUUGGCUGUCGCUCCUUCUUAUCCCUCUCAUCCUUCUCAUAAUGAUCACGCCCGCGCCACUACCCUCCCCACCACGCAACCAUCUCCUUCUACCUCGUCCCCACAACCACCCCAAACAGCACCUCCCACCCCAAUCCACUCUCGCACCAGUUCCGCAAAGUCAGGUCUCCGAGCAUGGUUUUCUUCUUUUGACAGCGUGAAAUUGCUGACCAAAGCUUUUAAGAGCGGUCCCACGACCCCUACAAGAGCUCUUUCUGCCGCCCAACCCACCCAGGCUGAUUACAAGAACGGGUCUGGCGGUCUGGACGUUAGUCGCUCACAAACGCCCAGGAUAUCCCCCGGCCCUCAAGCCCCCGCUGCUAAGGGCAAGUUGACGAUAAAAAUCACCGAAGCGCGAGGGAUCAAGAAGAGCCGAGAUCCGUAUGUGGUAGCUGUGUUCCAGCGCAGUGAGCUUAUUUCGGGAGGCCCUCGACCCGAUGAAAACAACGAGGAUACUCCUCCCGUCCCUGCGUUUGUGGCGAUGGGUGGCCUGCCAAUCCAGCGUCAGGGCAGUGACUCGGGCCGCCCCCCGAUGGCCAUACCGAUGAGGAGCCGGCAGAGUAGCAACACGAGCGUCACCGACUACACCGCCUUCAGGAAUCGGAAUUCGAGAAGGUCCUUUGCGAAUCCGAAGUGGGAUGCCGAGGCCGUUUUUGAUGUUGUUGACUCGGAUCUCCUGGUCGAUAUCUCAGUGUACGACCAUGGCACUACCGGAGAAGUGUUCCUCGGACAUGUCGAUUUCCAAGCCAGCCUAGACCCCGAGAAGCCUGUGAGUGGAUGGUUCCAGUUGCAGGGCCAUGCUGAUACGGAUGCCGAACAUACCCCUACCGGCGAGGUGUACGUUGAAGCCAGCUACCAAAGGUCGGAGCGGAAGCACCUAGGACCCGCGGACUUCCAAAUCCUGAGGCUCAUCGGGCGGGGAACCUUUGGGCAGGUAUACCAAGUACGGAAGAAGGAUACGGAGCGCAUCUACGCCAUGAAGGUGUUGUCCAAGAAGGUGAUAGUACAGAAGAAGGAGGUCGCUCAUACGGUGGGCGAGCGAAAUAUUCUUGUGCGGACCGCCAUGGCUGACUCUCCUUUCAUCGUCGGCCUCAAAUUCUCGUUCCAAACCCCUUCCGACUUGUACCUAGUUACGGAUUACAUGUCUGGAGGAGAGCUCUUCUGGCAUCUGCAGAAAGAAGGCCGCUUUGAUGAGAAGAGGGCCAAGUUCUACAUUGCCGAGCUCAUUCUUGCGAUCCAACACCUGCACGACAACGACAUCGUGUACCGGGAUCUCAAACCCGAGAACAUCCUGCUGGACGCCAACGGCCAUAUUGCGCUGUGCGAUUUUGGCCUCUCCAAGGCUAACCUGACAAAGAACGACACCACAAACACGUUCUGCGGCACGACGGAAUAUCUCGCCCCCGAAGUCCUCCUCGACGAGUCGGGGUAUACCAAGAUGGUAGACUUCUGGUCCCUCGGAGUCCUAGUUUUCGAAAUGUGCUGCGGUUGGAGCCCGUUCUAUGCAGACGACACGCAGCAAAUGUACAAGAACAUCGCGUUUGGCAAGGUCAAGUUCCCACAAAGGGCCCUUUCUCAGGAAGGAAAGAACUUCGUUAAGGGACUUCUCAACCGAAACCCGCGACAUCGGCUUGGUGCCAUCAAUGAUGCGGAGGAACUCAAGAGACAUCCCUUCUUCGCGGACAUUGAUUGGGAUCUCCUUGCGAAGAAGUUGAUCACGCCUCCUUUCAAGCCCAAGUUGAAGUCGGAGACCGAUGUCUCGUACUUUGAUCCGGAGUUCACCAAUGCUCUAGAUAACAGCGGAUCGCUUCAUGAGCGUGCUGCAGCGCUGGCGAGGGGUUUUGCUGCCUCGACUCCUUUGUCGCCAUCGGUACAGGCGAACUUCCAAGGCUUCACGUAUGUGGACGAGAGCGCGCUGGAGGAGAACAUGAGGGAUAAAUACGAUGACGAGGAUAUGAAUGAUGCUCAUCAUGACAAUCGGCAUGAUGAGGAUGAUGACUGGGAUAACCUGGAUGACAUGGAUCUGCGGCGAGGAAACAGGAUGAGUGGAAUUAUGCGGACGAACACCGCGGACGAGCACAUGUUGGGGCAUUUCGAAGAUUAG